UUUCACUAACGUUAUCCCUUCAAGGCUGCAGGUUGUAGUUGCAGCAGGAGAUGGAAAAUUGACGGUUAACUCUACCUUCAUGAUGUUGUAUUAUACGCUACAAAUAAUUAUAUAACUUCAUUGAAAAUAAAAGUAAAAUGAGCCUAGCACUUCAUGAGUUGCUGGUCUGUUGCCGAGGUCUAGAACAGGAGAAAGCUAACGACAGAAAGAAAGAAGUUGAAAAGUUUAAACGGCUAAUUAAUUCAGCAGACACAGUUGAACAGCUUGAUCAAAAUUCUGAUUCGCGGCAGUCUAAACACUCUAAACAACUCAACUGGGAUGCUGUGUUCAGGGUCCUUCAGCGGUACAUCCAGAAAGAAACAGAAUGCAUUCUGUCAGGAAAAGCAAAUGUUUCUGCCACAACACAAGCCAACAGGCAGAAGAAGAUGCAGGAAAUCAGCAGUUUGGUUAAAUAUUUUAUUAGAUGUGCAAACAAGAGGGGUCCCCGGCUUAAAUGUUCAGAACUGCUAAGUCACGUGAUGAAUAUUCUACAGAAUUCAUAUACCUGUAGUGCCUAUGGUGCAGACUAUAGCAGCAUUUUGUUAAAGGAUAUUUUAUCUGUCAGGAAAUACUGGUGUGAAAUUAAUCAAAAGCAGUGGGCAGAUCUGCUAGAACUAUACUGUAAAUUGUAUCGGAAAAGUUGCAAGGAUAUUGAUCGGGUUCUGCUGGCCAGAAUAAUCUUCACUUUAGUGAGAGGAUGUUGUUUACAGACAGAAGGAGUGACUCAUAGUCUUUUUAACUUUUUUUCAAAAUCAUUGCCAGAGGCAAGAAAUGAAAACAUUUUGGCAGUUUUGGAACAUAUAAUUGGUGCUUUAAAUGUAUUUCUAAGAACAUCUACAAUAAAUUGCCGCAGGAGAGUGUGUGCACUUGGUGAAGAGAUCCUACCCACUAUUAUGUAUGUUUGGUCUCAGCGAAGACCUCAGGAUCACUUGAAGGAGGAAAUUGUUGAAUUUUUCAGCAUUCAGUUGCAUGUACAUCACCCCAAAGGAGCCAAAACAGAAGAAACAGGUGCCUAUGCAGAUGACUGGAGCAAGUGGCAAAGUCUGCUAUACAGCUUAUAUGAUGCCAUUGCUAGUGAACUAAACCAAAUUGGAAGUAGAGGGAAGUACAGCACUGGAUUUCGACCCAUAGCUGUGAAAGAGAAUAUAGUUGAGUUGAUGGCAGAUAUUUGUCACCAGCUUUUUACACAGGAUUCAAGGAUCUUAGAAAUCACACAAUCCACAGCUCAAAGAGAAACACAUCAUGGAGUAGCAAACAAACGCAGACGUAUAGACAUCGGUUGGGAAGUUAUUCGAGACAAGCUACAGAUCUCUCAGAGUGAUUUUGAUAUUAUUCCUUGGUUGCAGAUCACUUCAGUGCUUGUUUCAAAGUAUCCUUCCAUCCUUCCAAACAAGGAGAUUAUUCCCCUUCUAACAGCUCUGCAUCAGAUCCUGAUACAGCAACGAAGAGGGGAGAAGACUUCCUAUGUGAUAGAGUGUCUCAGCAAAAUUGCAUUUUGUCAGAGCAUCAAGAAGGACCUAACAUUUUCUCAGAAACCUGAGCUAAUUAAAAUCUGGACCAAGAUAUGGAUGCUGACACUACAUUGUGUUAGCUCCCCUCAGGUUGAGAUUCAGAGCUUUGUGCUGUUGCAGUCAAUAAUGAAAGGAACCCUAAUCCCCAUGGAUAAAGAAUUUUGGAAGUUGUUUUAUGGCUCUGCCUGUAAACAAUCAUAUGCUGCAGCCCAAUGCCUUGCUCAAGCUUUGACUAAGUAUACCAUUCCUGAAUGGUUAGAAACAGGCCCAAAAUAUGCAUCAUCAUCAUUUGAAGGGAAUGCACCAUUGUCUGUUCGUGACACCAUUAUGAGAUGGCUGUUACUGAAUCAAAUGGAGGAGGACACCACAGAAGAAUUAAUCACAACACAUCCUAUUGUCUGCAAGGAUUUUCCACAUCACAUUGUUCCAAGAAUACUAGUUUCUUUGAUGCUGAAAGAUUCUAGAGGAGGAAUGGAACUGUUUAAGUGCUCUGAUAUUUUUGAGAGCUUUUUUCCAAAUAAGGUGGAUAUUAUGGAUGUUGAAAUCUUGGACUGUGAGAGCUUAUUUUUACACUCAACAUUUGAUGAAGUGCCUGGCUGCUUCAGCGUGGAAGAAAAUGUUGACAAACAAAGCACUACAAGAACAAGUGUUCACCUUAUAACUGGGCUAAAAGAGAAGCUGGAACAAUACCUUCUGAUUGUUGCUGAGCAUCUUUUAAACCGCUACUUUCCAAAUUCCCAGAGUCCACAGGCUGAAUGCCUACUUCGUUGUGUCAGUCUUUUGACAGGAGUCUUAUCCUGUUACAUUGUUGUGGGUGUUGUCACUGAAGAAGAUGCCUGUAAAACCAUUCUUUUUCAAAAAUCCAAGUCUUUAAUACAGCAUUUAAGUGAAUAUAUCUCUACCUUAAAAGCUAAAGUUCCUGAUGAAUCAAGCAUUGCUUCACUGAAGAGUCUCCUUGGUCAGUUUUUGAAUUGCUUGUGCAAACAAUCUAAGAAUUGUGUAAAUUUGACUGCUACAUGCCUCUUUUUAAGACUACUACCAUCAAGACUGUUGAAUGAGCUCUCUGAUGUUUGUAAAGUGCUGAUGACAAGAAAAUAUGAACCCAGCAUGACCAUUCAGGUUCCAGAUGAUGUGAAUGUGAGCAGAAUAAAUAAUCAGGUUGAAAUGGACUUUUUUGAUGAUGAUGAUGGCUGCAGCAGAACUACAGAUUUAAGUGAAAUUAACGAUAACGUUGAUUUACAAUGUGGAACAGGUGCAAAUAAUGCUCUAUCAGAAGAACAUUUGACAAAGCAGGACUUUGUUUACUUGGAUGCCUUGAAGUUUUUAUGCCUAUGCGCCUCUUCUGAAUCUAUUCAUGGACUUUCUUUUCGACCAGUAGAUAUUAGACGAAAACUUUUAUCAUUUAUUGAUCAGCUUGACAAUACAAAACCUGUCCAUCUCCAUACAUAUUUAACUCUGCUAAGAAAUCUGCCAGAAGAAGACACGACUUUAACAGCAGAAGAUUUUGAUUCUAUUUUGAAGCCUCUACCAGACAUCUGCUCAUAUUAUCGGCGUGAUCAAGAAAUUUGUACAGUUUUACUGUUAGCCAUACUUCCAGUUAUUAGAAGUUUAAGCUGUGACCAGAGCAAUGCUAAAGAAAUGGGAGAUGUUCAUGGGGCAUUUCUGAAAGUCCUCUCUGCUUUUUGGACCCUGAGUAAGGAUGGUCGAAGUACCGCUUCAGUUCGAGCUGCAUUAGCAAAGUGCAUGAUUGCUUUGUUAGAGGGAGACCCACAGUGCCAUUGGUCAAUUUUUAAUAUGGCGGAUGAAGAUAUACCUAUUUCAGAUGCAUUUCCACAGUUUCUUGCUGACAGUGACCAUGAAGUUCGUAUGUUGACUGCUAUGUCAGUUAACAGGCUUUUUCUGGAAUUUACUCCAAAAAGUUGUGGGAAAAUGAAAUUGCUUCCUUUAACACUUCAGCAAAAGGCCUUUGAGAAUGUGUACUUAAAAGCUCAAGAAGGAAUAGGAUUCCAGAAACGUUCUAUGGCUGAUGAAUUUGAAGAUGAACAGUUUAAUCGAAAAGCCACUUUGCUCAAGGUUAUAUAUGUUGUUUUAUGCUGUAGUCCUGUGUGUGAAAAACAAGCUCUGUUUGCCUUAUUCCAGUCUUUUAAAGAAAAUAAAAUAGAUCUUCGUCUGAUUAAAAAGGUUCUCAGUCCUGUUUCAAAAUCUCUGAACUACAGAAAUGUGAAACACCUAAUUAGUUCCCACUUAGAUUACUUAGUAACAGAAUGGCUAAGACAAAAGGAUGAUGGGUACAGUCUGCAAGCUUUUCCUUAUGCUUUACUGGAAUUCUCAACUUUGGAUGAAUUUUACAGGUCUUGUUAUAAUAUCCUGGUCCCACACCUUGUUUUCUUGGAGGAUUUUGAGCAAGUGAAAGCUAUUGGAAAAAGGAUUGAGAGAGAUUGGAAGGAACUGCUUGCUGAUUGCUUUCCUAAGAUCAUGGUUAACAUUUUGCCUUGUUUUGCCAUAAAAAAAAAUGAGGUGGGUCAACAGAGAGAAAAGGCAUCAAAGGUAUAUGACAUACUGCAGGAAGACACCUGUAUGGGGAAGCAGAAAAUUGACAUAUUAAUUCAUAACAAUUUGCCUGAAAUAGUAGUGGAGCUACUGAUGACUCUGUAUGAGGGAGCAAACCAGGAACCCAGAGAAGAAGAUUUGAGAAAGUUUGUGGGGGAACUGGAUCCUGCACCUAAUCCACCUUGUUUUCCAUCAUAUGUAAUAAAAGCCACAUUAGAUUACCUAACCAAAUGCCACGGUCCAAAUUAUAAAAGUUUAGUAACCAUUCUGUCAAAGAAUCCUAUAUCAAUCCAAAAAAUUUUAUUUUCUAUAUGUAAACAGUCAUCUGAGACCACAAAUAUAUAUGAGAAACAUAGAAUCCUGCUAAUGUACAGACUUUUUGUGAAUUUACUUCUUGAUGAAUUGAAAGAUGGGCUUGGUGGGGCUUGGGCUUUUGUCCUCAGGGAUAUGAUAUACACUCUCAUUCAUCACAUAAACAGCAGACCAGCUCAUUUGGAUGAAGUAUCAACUCGCAGUUUCUCUCUCUGUUGUGAUCUUCUGUCUUCAGUAUGCCAGAAUGCUCUGAAAUACUGUGGAGAUGCUCUGGAAAAUCACCUUCAGGUCAUUGUUGGAACACUUACACCAACUGUGACUGAACAGUCAGCCGUUCGUCAACAGGUCUUACGUCUGCUGAAGUUCCUUGUUAUUGAGGGUAAAGAAAAUGAAAAUCUCUAUAAUGCAGUAAGAAUGUUGGAGCCUUUUCCUGAUGUGCCUCUUUUUAAAGAAUUAAGAGCAGCUCAACACAAAGUCAAAUACAGCAGAGGACCUUUUACUCUUGAAGAGGAAAUAAAGCAUUUUCUUUCUGUCUCAUCCUGUGACUCUUUACCCAUAACGAGACUAGAGGGCCUCAUUGAUCUUAAGAAGCAACUUCAGCUUCACAAAGAGCAAAUGAGGGAACUUCUAAAAGAAUCUCAAGUUGACCCUCAAGACAGCAUUCUUCUUAAACUAAUUAGAAAACUCUUACAGCUCUGCAAAACAGCAGUAGGACACUCUGGAAGCAGAGACAUAUUAGAGGCUGCUGGAAGCUGUCUUGGUGAAGUGGGCCCUGUGGAUUUUGCUACAGUGGCUUUGUUCCACAAUAAGGACUAUCUGAACUCAAAAGCAGAAGAUCUGUUUCAAGAGAAGGAGUUUCAGUGGCUUUAUGUAAUUCUGCAUUCAAUAAAUAAUGCUUUAACUGACCGCAACAUUGAAGUUCGAUUAGCAGCGGUCACUUGCUUGAAAAACAUAUUAAACACAAAGACUGGAAUUAAUUUCUGGGAGAGACAUCGGAAGAAUGAUGAUCACAUUUUAGUUUAUUUCAGUAUAUUCAAGACCUCUAAAAAGAAGGCUAUUGAGGUAUCUGUAGAGAAUGUCAUGGAUCCAACAGAUACACUGAAUAAGACUGAUCUCUGGGUGCCACAGAAUAGCUGCCAUAACUCAUGGUUAAGGAAUUUGACUCUUGCACUUUUGAAAUCUGAUGGAGUGAAGAAUGAAGUCUUGAUAUUGCUGGACCCACUGUGUAGUGUGAAGACAGACUUCUGUCAGACUAUACUACCUUUUUUGAUCCAUGACAUCCUUUUGCAUGACACAGAUAAUUUUUGGCGCAAUUUAUUAUCUAAGCAAAUUCAGGCUUUCUUCUCUACUUGUUCGAAAGCCUCAUCUGUGUCCAGUAGAUCUACCACUCCUGCUAAUAUGGACUCUGAGGCAGAGAGUUUGACCUAUGGACACUUAGAUAAAGCCUCAUUAAGAACAAUGCUGGCUGUUGUUGAUAACCUUAGAAGACAGAACAGGUCUACACAGGGUUCUGCCUGUGGCACAGUUUUUGAUAACAGUUUCUGGCUGGAAUUAAACUACUUUGAAGUUGCAAUUGCAGCUCAGUCAUGUGCUGCUGAUUUUACUGCUUUACUGUACUCUGAAAUAUAUGUGGACAAGAUCAGAUCAGACUAUGAAGAAAGUCAGAGGAAUGCAUCCAAAGUUUCUCGAAGAAUUUUGUUUGAGGAGUCAAGUCAGAGCUUUACAAUUACCAGUUUAAGUGAAAAAAGUAGAGAAGAAACUGGAAAAAGUUUACAGGACCUUCUUAUUGAGGUUUACAGACGUAUAGGUGAACCAGACAGUCUUUAUGGAUGUGGUGGGGGCAAAAUGUUGCAUCCUUCCACAAGAAUAAGUACAUAUGAACAUGAAGCCAUGUGGGGUAAAGCCCUUGUUUCCUAUGAUCUUCAUACAAGUCUUCCAUCAGUUACACGUCAAGCAGGAAUAAUUCAGGCUCUGCAAAAUUUUGGUCUGUGCAACACAUUACUAACUUACCUGAAAGGACUUGAAUAUGAAAAUACUGACUGGGGCACAGAACUUCAAGAAAUUCGUUUUCAAGCAGCGUGGAGAAAUAUGCAGUGGGACUACACUCCUUCAGCAAGCGAUGAAACAGUUGCUCCUGGAUACCAUGAAUCUCUGCAUUCUGCCCUACAGUCUUUACAAAAUAAAGAGAUUUCUGCUUUUCAUGACAAUUUAAAAUAUGCAAGGGUCCAUGAAGUGGAAAAACUGUGUAAGGAAAGUUUGGAGUCUGUGUGUUUUCUCUACCCGACUUUGUGCAACCUGCAACAGAUAAGUGAAUUAGAAAGUAUAGGCCAUGUCUUUUCAAGAACAGUGACAGAAGCAAUGCUGAAUAAUGUUUAUAAUAAUUGGCAACAACAGUCCAAACUUCUGCAGGACAGCGAUUUCAGCUUCCAAGAGCCUGUCAUGGCUCUGCGAACAGUAAUUCAGGAAGCACUUAUUGAGAAGGAAGCUAGCAGCAUCAGAAAAGAGUAUCUCAAGAGCAAGUUCAUAGAGCACCUGAUGGAGUUCUCUAAAUGUGCCCGUUUUGCUGGUAAUACUCAGCUCGCAGAAAGAGCAAUUUUUCAGAUCAAGCAGCACACCACUGCUGGUUUGGGAUCCCCCAUGUGGAAGCUGGAAGAAGCACAGAUGUUUUGGGCAAGAAAAGAGGAAGGUCUUGCUUUGGGCAUCUUGAGGAAGAUGAUUCAUAAUUUGGCUGAUGAGGUUGAUGUUGAUACAAGCCUGUCUCCAAUAUAUGCUGAAUGCUUAAGAUUAUGUGGUAGUUGGCUAGCUGAGACGUGUUUGGAAAGUCCAAGUGUAAUCCUUGAAAAGUAUUUAGAAAAGGCUGUAGAAGUUAUAGGAGGAAGUUCUGAUAGCAACGAUGCUCAGCUUCAAAGCAGUAAAAUGAAAGCUUCCCUGUCUCUGGCACGUUUUUCCGAUGCUCAGUAUCAGAGCAUUGAGAACUACAUGAAGUCUUCAGAGUUUGAAAAUAAACGGGCUCUUCUAGAGAAGGCAAAGCAGGAGGUUGGCUUAAUGAAAGUACACAGAGUUGAAACUUCCAAAUAUACUAUUAAAAUUGAAAGAGAACUUGAACUUGAUGAAAAAGCCCUGUGUAAUCAGAAAGAAGAUAGGAUACGUUUCCUGUGUAAAGCUGUGGAAAACUACAUUAACUGUUUGGAAUUUGGAGAAGAGCAUGACGUUUGGGUGUUCAGACUCUGUUCGCUGUGGCUCGAGAAUUCAGCUGUCUCAGAAGUCAACAGCAUGGUGAAGAAUGGCAUCAGGAAAAUUCCAUCCUAUAAAUUUCUACCACUGAUGUACCAGCUUGCAGCUCGAAUGGGGAGCAAAAUGCCAGGAGCAGCAACAGAGGGAGAUGGAUUUCAUGAUGUUCUAAAUGAGGUAAUUUGCCGGACCUCAAUAGACCACCCACACCAUACCUUAUUUAUUAUCCUGGCCUUGGUUAAUGCAAACAAAGAUGAUACUUUUAGACGGUCUGAGGGAUUGAAAAAGAGUGGUCUCUCAAAGCAUGCUCCAAAACAGACUUCACUUCUUGAUAAGGAAAGGUCAGAAGUGGCUCAGGAGAUCGUGAAUGUUAUUAGAAAAGAGAAAGCAAAAAUGGUUAAGAACGUUGAGAUUCUCUGUGAGGCUUACAUCUCAUUGGCUAAUAUGGAUGCAUCAAGAUGGAAAACUGAAAAAAAACCUAUUCCAAUUCCUUCUGAUCACCCAAUUAACAAAAUAAAGAACUUGGAUGAUGUUAUUAUUCCCACAAUGGAGAUAAAGGUGGAUCCUUCUGGCAAAUAUGAAAAUAUAAUAACCAUUAGGUCAUUCAGACCUGAAUUUCGUUUAGUGGGAGGUAUAAAUCUGCCUAAAAUCAUUGACUGUGUUGGUUCUGAUGGAAAACAGCGAAAACAACUUGUCAAAGGCCAGGAUGACCUUAGGCAAGAUGCUGUAAUGCAGCAGGUUUUCCAGAUGUGUAACAUGUUGUUGCUGCGAAACACAGAAACACGAAAGAGAAAACUAACCAUUCGUCGAUAUAAGGUUGUUCCCUUCUCUCAGAGGAGUGGCGUUUUAGAAUGGUGUACUGGCACUGUGCCAAUUGGGGAAUACCUUAUUGAUCCAAGCAAAGGUGCUCACAAGAGAUACAGACCUGAUGACUGGAGUAGCAUGGUCUGUAGGAGAAAAAUGAAUGAGGUUGUAAAAAAAACUUUUGAAGACAAGCUGAACACCUACUUGGAGGUCUGUCAAAACUUUAAACCCGUAUUUCGCUACUUCUGCAUGGAAAGAUUUCUAGAUCCUGCUGUUUGGCUGGAAAGACGACUUGCCUAUACUCGCAGUGUGGCAACUUCGUCCAUUGUUGGCUACAUUCUUGGACUUGGGGAUAGACAUGUGCAGAACAUACUUAUUGAUGAAGAUACAGCUGAAUUAGUGCAUAUAGACUUAGGUGUAGCAUUUGAGCAAGGGAAAAUAUUGCCAACCCCGGAAACUGUACCAUUCAGGCUGUCAAGAGAUAUUGUAGAUGGAAUGGGAAUAACUGGAGUUGAGGGAGUGUUCAGAAGGUGCUGUGAGAAAACUAUGGAGGUGAUGAGGAAUUCUCAAGAAGCCUUAUUGACAAUUGUUGAGGUGCUGCUGUAUGAUCCUUUAUUUGACUGGACGAUGAAUCCUUUAAAAGCAUUUUAUCUUCAGCAAAGACAUGAAGAAACUGAUCUCAAUGCAACUCUUAAUUCCACCAUAGGAGAAGACCAAGAAACAAACAAGAGGCACAGUGAUACACAGAAUUUUAAUAAAGUGGCCGAACGUGUCCUUUUGAGGCUCCAUGAGAAGCUGAAAGGUGUGGAAGAAGGAGCAGUUCUCAGUGUUGGGGGACAGGUGAAUCUCCUGAUACAGCAAGCAAUGGACCCAAAGAAUUUAAGCCGCUUAUUUCCAGGAUGGCAACCUUGGAUUUAGGUUUACAAUGUGUGGAUAGUGAGUGUCAGGGAAUGAGAUUAUAACUUCCAUACGUGUGAAUCAUCAAAACCUUUCAAACAGAAUAAAUUGACAGAAUAUUUGUUCACAAUAUCUUCUUGCAAUUUUCUAAUCAAUCAUAUUGUCAUCCUAUUUGUUUCUAGAAAAAUUUCAAUCUAAAUUAUUUGUUAUUGGGUUGAGUAAGGAAUUGUAUUGUAUGUUACCCUGAGUAGUGCUCUCAACUGGCACCCUCUGGCAAAUGUAGUUUAUCAUUGGGAUUUCUGUGUUUGUGUAUGAUGUACUGUGUAUGAUGUUGAAUGUACCAGAUAUUUUCCUCUGGGACAGUAGACAUACUUUCAGGUUGCUUCCUCUGUUACUCUCAGUGCUACCAUGUUACGUGCAACACCCCUUCACUAGGAAAAUUGACGAAUAGAGAUUAUUUUAGUUGCUGCUAUCAAAGAUUCUAUAGUGUUCAGAAUAUCAAUGUUAGAACUAAAAAUAAUAUAAUAAAAAUGAAUGUAUAUGAAUAUGUUAACAUGUGUCCUUUAAAAAAAAGAAUUGAAUACGUUGUAUUAAUGUAAACAGUCCAGUGUUGGCAUGAAAUGAGGUGGGACAUUUAGAUGAAUUGUGUAAAGUAAAUAGUGGUCUUCAGUUUAUAAUCUAUAGCUUGGGAAUACACAAAUUACAAUGUAGUACUUUCAAAAAUAAUUUGUCAGACACCAAAAUUAUUUAGCAUUAGCCUAUAACCAAUAAACUCUGAAUUUUAAACAUAUUUAUGCUACCAAAAUUUCAGUAAAUAUUUUUAUUUUAGAACCUUUGCAGCAGCACUAUUUAUGUUGUUUAUUACAUUAUUGUAGAAUUCUAUGAUGAAUUAAGUUACAGUUUUAAAACCCAGAAAUGUUUAAAGCUAAUGGCUGAUGUAAUUGGUUUAGUUUUCAUGUUUACAGUUUUGUAAAAAGCCUCCAAUGAUGGCGGAAUGUAACUGCUGUUUUGUAAUGGUUCAUUACACUGAAUAUGGAAAACCAUUUGUCCCCUUUUAAAAGAUUUUUAAAUUGCAAUCAAGUUAUCUGUUACAUGCUAAAAAGUAGUAAAAUUACCCUGUUUUUAUUAGUUUUAUAAAAUGAAAAACUACCUUAGUGCCUGGUUAAUUAUAUUCACAUAAUACAUCCAUUCUAAAUGUAAAUAGGCAAAUAUUUGUUCUUGUUUACGAGAUGUAUACUGUAUAAAAGAUUAGAAAACAGAAACGGACAGAAAAACUGUUUACAGCAAUGCACUCUUACAAGACACCCUUUUGUGUAAAGUUACUCACAAAUGGUAUGUUAAAGAGGAAUGCAGAGUGAUGUUUAAAAAUCUAUUUGUGUUAAAUAUGUACUGAAUAUACUGUAUUGUACUGUACAUUGUAUAUACAAUGUUUGUAGAUUUCUUUAUUACAAAAUGUCAAGUCAGUGAUUCUGAAAGCUUUAUAAUGUGAAAAUAAUCUAAUUGGUGGAGUUUUAUUGCACAUAAUUCAAUUUAAUAAUACUACUUUUUGACAUAUACAUGAUAUAUUUUUGAAAAGAUGCAUCGCUUAAAGAAUUUAUGUCAUAAAUACUUGAGAUAUAAAUAAAUCCAGUGAAAAAGAUGAAAAGUUGUAAUGUUAUAAUCACUUUCUUUGACAGUGUACUAUUGUACAGUACCAUAUGAGUAACUCUGGCAAAUAUUUGCACAAAUGUUCUUCUGCAUAAAUAUAGUAAAGUCUUUGACAUAUGUUUUUAGAAGUCUGUUUGAUUCUUUUAUGUAUAUAUAGUAAUAAUGUUAUCUCAUCAAUAAAACUUUUCUACUUAUGAA